AUUUAUAAAGUGCAAUUGAUAAUAGCUGAAAUUAUAGUAUAUCUAUUACAGUACAUACUUGCAUCCCUGUACAAAUUUCAUGACAACAAAGUAUACCAGCAGAAGCAUUCAAAUUACCACAUAUACAAGAUUGUCAACAUUGUGGUGCCAGAAGAUUCCCUUAUGAAACACCAAAAUUCUGCUGCUCUGGAGGAGAAGUUUCUCUUUAUCCAAUUGUUAUUCCUCCAAACCUUCAGCAGUUAUAUUCAGGUUCAGGGCCAGAUUCAAUGCAUUUUCUGCAAUACAUAAAACCAUACAAUGAGAUUUUGGCGUUUACAUCAAUGGGAGCGCAUCUUGAUCCAGCAUUUGCAAAGCGAGUUAAUGGAGUCUACACUUUCCGAGCACAAGGACAAAUCUAUCAUUUCAUUGAUAGUCUUUAUCCUUCAGGACAAAUGCCAUCAUAUUUGCAACUAUAUUUUUACGAUACAGAAAAGGAAGCUGAACUCAGAAGAGGUCAUAAAGAUAAAUUGCAGCCCGAGAUUAUUUCAAGUUUGAUCCAUCUGUUAGAGGGAAAUCCAUAUUCUCAGUUUUUCCGUGGUCUUACUCAUUUACCAAAUAUUAAUGAAUGUCAAAUAGUAUUGAAAGCUGAUCCUAAAGUUCCAGAUUACACUGUUUUGCCACCAACUGUGCCACAAGUCGCAGCUAUCUGGUUAGAGAAUGAAGAGGCUCCAGAAUUACAAGAGCGUGAUAUAAUUGUUCACAAACAUGAUGGGCAUAGCCAAACAAUCAGUUAUUAUUUUGGCUGUUAUGAUCCUCUUCAGUAUCCAUUGUUGUUUCCAUUGGGCGAACCAGGAUGGCAUCAAGGAAUUAAGAAAAUUAAAAGAACAAGUACUUCAAGGUCGUCUUUGGCACAAAGCAGUAUCUUAGCAAAGCACUCAUCCACAGCAGAAGAACUAAUCAGCAAUGAAACAACAGUGCGUCAGGAAAAUGCAAAGAAAGCUAACAUGGUUUCAGCUCGAGAGUUCUACGCAUAUCGACUACAGAUCAGGAAAAAUACAAACGCAAUAUUAUUAGAAUCCGCGCGGCUUCUGCAACAAUUCACAGUUGAUAUGUAUGUUAAGAUUGAGACUUCAAGGUUAGACUACUUCAGAAAUCGACAAGAAGAGAUCAGAGCUGAUUUAUACCAAGGAAUCGUUGAUAGCAUUGCACAUGGUGAAGCUGAUCCUUCUAAGAUUGGCAAACGAAUUGUUCUUCCAGGUACUUUCAUAGGAGGACCAAGGGACAUGCGGAAGCGAUACUUGAAUGCCAUGACCUUAGUGGAAAGGUAUGGAAAACCUGAUCUUUUCCUCACAAUGACAUGUAAUCCAAAUUGGCGAGAAAUAAGAGAUCAAAUGAAACCACAUGAAGAGGCUCAGAACCGACCUGAUUUGGUCUCCAGAGUUUUCAGAAGCAAACUUGAACAUUUGCAGAAAGAAAUAGUAAGAAACCAACUCUUUGGUCCAAUAGCUGCAUAUACAUUUGUGGUUGAAUUUCAAAAAAGAGGCCUGCCGCAUGUACAUAUGUUGAUGAUACUCAAAAAACCAUUCAAGCUUGACACAAUUCAGAAAAUUGAUGCAUCCAUUUCAGCUGAAAUACCAGACAAGAAAAAGUAUCCAUAUUUAUAUGCAAUGGUCCUAAAGCAUAUGAUGCAUGGACCAUGUGGAGAACUAGAUCUAACAAGAGCAUGUAUGCAAAAUGGCAAGUGUAAGAAUCAUUAUCCAAGAAGCUAUUGUUCAGAAACUUCUAUAGAUGCAGAUGGUUAUCCAAUAUAUAGAAGACGUUCAACUGGUGAAGUAGUGCAGAUUCGUGGUCAAAUGCUUGAUAACAGAUGGGUAGUCCCGUAUAAUCCAUAUUUGUUAGCUAUGUUUGAUUGUCAUAUUAACAUUGAAGUUUGCUCUACUGUUAAAGCAGUCAAAUAUCUUUACAAAUAUAUAUACAAGGGACAUGAUAAGAUCAUCUACCGCUUAGUAACAUCAAAAUUCCCUCAAGAUGUUGAUGAGAUCCAGCAAUUUCAAGCAGCAAGAUGGAUAUCACCCCCAGAGGCAGUGUGGCGAAUAUAUCGAUUCUCUCUGCACGAAAUCCGACCUGCUGUAAUUACUUUACAGUUGCACUUGGAAGGUUGCCAGUUAAUACCAUUAAAGAAGGAUACAAAUCUGCAUACUAUAGUCAAUAAUGACUUCCUAUCAAGAACAAUGCUCACACAAUUUUUCUGGAUGAAUGCUCACAAUGAAAAAGCAAAGUCUUUGCAGUUGCUCUACACAAACUUCCCAGAGCACUUCGUAUGGACUGCUUCAUCAAGAACAUGGACAGAGCGAAAACAGCAAGAAGUCAUUGGCCGAAUUGUGACAGCCAAUCCAAGCGAAGGUGAAAGAUAUUAUCUGCGAUUAUUGCUCACUCACAUUCCAGCGCCUACCUCCUAUGCACAUCUUAGAACAGCCAGUGGUAUCACCUUCAAUUCAUAUAGAGAAGCAGCUAUUAGCCAUGGUUUAUUACAAGAUGAUAACACCAAUGAAAAGUGUAUGCAAGAGGCAUGCCUAUAUCGAAUGCCACUAUCACUAAGACAACUAUUCUGCACUAUCCUUGUUUAUUGUGCUCCAAUCAAUCCAUUAGAGCUAUUUUACAAAUUUGAAGAUGAUAUGACUGAAGAUUAUAUCUCCAUGCAAAAGUUCACAAGAGAUGCUGCACGCCAAGUUCUACUCCAAGCAUUAAAUGCAGAGCUUGAAUCUAUGGGCAAAAAUCUGCGCGAUUUCCAAUUAUCACAUCUUCUUACUUCUGAUUCAACCACAAGAGUAAUACCAAAAGAAGUACAGGAUGAAAUGAAUCUUUUGAUAUCAGAAGAUGAUCUAAGAAGCCCAGCUCUAUUGAAUGCCGAACAAGCAAUAGCUUAUGAUGAAAUUCUUGAUGCUGUUCUAAAUCGAAAAGCCAAAAGCUUCUUUAUUGAUGGACCUGGAGGUACUGGCAAAACAUUUCUUUAUCGAGCUUUACUCGCACAAGUUCGUUCACAGCAUCUAAUUGCACUAGCAACAGCCAGCUCUGGUGUUGCAGCAUCGAUUCUACCUAAUGGAAGAACAGCUCAUUCUCGAUUCAAAAUUCCAAUAAAUGCUGAUGGCAAACUCUGCUGUAGCAUUUCAAAGCAAUCUGGCUUGGCUACUCUUAUUAAACAAGCCAUCCUUAUCAUUUGGGAUGAGGCAUCAAUGGCAAAGAAAGAAACAAUUGAAGCUUUGGAUUACCUCCUACGUGAUCUUACAGAAAAUGAUAUAUUAUUUGGAGGAAAAGUUGUCGUCCUAGGAGGUGAUUUUCGGCAGGUAUUGCCUAUCAUACCGAAAGGAACAAAGAUUGAUUGCAUCAAUGCAAGCUUAGUCAGAUCAUACAUAUGGCAAUCACUCAUCAAAUUCAAACUGAAGGAGAAUAUGCGUGCAAAGACUGAUCCAGCAUUCAGUAGAUACAUUCUCCAAGUUGGAAAUGGUUUGGCAGAGGAAAAUGAGGCAGGAGAAAUCAAAUUACCAUCAUCUUUGAUCCUAGAACCAAACACACAAAUACCACCUAUAGAACAGCUAAUCCAAUUUGUCUUCCCCUCCUUUGAUCUUCAUAGAUUAGAUCCACUUUCUUUAACCAACUCUGCCAUCCUCACACCUAAGAACCAAGCAGUCGAUGAAAUCAAUGAGCUUAUGAUUGAAAAAUUCCCAGGGAAAGAGCACACAUACUUAAGUUUUGAUGAGACAUCUGAUCCUACUCAACAAGGCCUCUACAUCGAUUUCCUAAAUUCCGUAACACCUCAAGGAAUGCCAUCUCACCGUUUGAAUCUCAAAAAGAACAGCCCAAUUCUUCUGCUUAGAAACAUAAAUCCAUCCCAAGGAUUAUGUAAUGGCACGAGAUUGAUAUGCAAAGAAUUUAGGAGGCAUUUGAUUAUUGCUCAAAUAGCUGUAGGCGAAAGAAAAUGAGCUACAGUUUUCAUUCCAAGAAUCCCUCUACAGCCAAAUGAUCCCCAACAUUACCCAGUGCAGUUCACACGUCGUCAAUUUCCUAUCAGAGCAUGUUUCGCCAUGACAAUAAACAAAGCCCAGGGUCAGACUUUAUCUACCGUUGGCAUUUAUCUCCCUGAACCAGUCUUCGCGCAUGGUCAACUGUAUGUCGCUUUGUCACGAGCAACAACAGCAGCCAAGAUACGAGUGCAUCUCAACCAAUCAGAAAAUCCCAUGUUAUCGUCCAACUGCACUAAGAAUAUCGUAUACAAAGAGCUGCUGGAAGAAGCUAACUGUUUAUAAUUCAGCCAAAUAAAUUAUAAUAGAAUGCAUAGCUAGAUAAACAAUCGAAGGAACAAGAAGGUAUAUCACAUUGCAUUUGUUCAUAGAUGCAUUCAAAUACACACUGAUUAUCUGUUACUAUCAAUCGUUGUAUAUGAACAUACUGAGUUUUCCAUUAAGAGUCAUCAUGAACACCAUUCACUUCUCCUGAAUCCUAAUGCUACUCAUUUCUAACCUUAUUAUUUGCUCUAUCCAUUUGAAUCCAUCUUAAUUUCAUAGGUCCAGAUGGCUCCAAACAUCAUAGCAUUGACAGAUAUUACCCUGACAAGCAGAAACUUCACAAUUCAAGCUAUGGUGGUUGAAAAAAACAUCCCAAGAAUGUCAAGCAGUAGCACUUCCCUAUAUCAGAGGAUCAUGUU